AUGCCACGAACCGCUCAUUCAUCGAAGUCCGUCAAAGCGGCCGCCACUACGAAGGCGCAAGCCAAGACUGCCGAUGGAAAGCACCCUGCGACAACAGCUUUUUCUUCGAAGCCCGCACCGAGCAGAAAACGCAAGGGCGCCAAUGAGCCCGCCCCAGCUGCUGUUGCGAAAAGGCUAAAACCCGAUUCGGCGAUCAAUUCUGCUCCAUCACGGACGUUGGACGUCUUUGUAUUCGGUGGCGGCGAAUCUGGUGAACUUGGGUUGGGCCCAAAGGCGAUUGAUGGAAUGCAACCUACUGAUGUUCAGCAUCCCCGCAUCAAUAGGCUUCUUGAUGCCAAAACGGUUGGCGUCGUUCAGAUUGCGGUAGGAGGUAUGCACUGCGUAGCUCUAACUCAAGAUCAGAAGAUUUUGACGUGGGGUGUGAAUGAUAACGGUGCGCUUGGUCGAGAUACAGAUUUGGACUCAGAAGAUGAGGAUGAAGACAAUGUUUUGAGCCCUAAGGAAAGCACACCUACCGCUAUUCCAACAGAGUUCUUUGGCAAGGGUGUGAAAGCCUUCGUUCAAGUUGCUGCAACUGAUAGUGCUAGUUUUGCGCUUACACUUGAUGGUUCUGUUUAUGGUUGGGGAACAUUUAGCGGAGAUGAUGGUGCGAUGGGCCUUUUUACAGCAGACGCCAUCGAAGCUGUCCAAAGGAAGGAUGACAAAAAGAAGUGCCGGCGAAAACCCGCUCGUAUCCCUCAGUUAACGAAGAUCAAAUCCCUUGCUACAGGAACCAAUCAUGUCCUAGCCCUUGAUAAUAAAGGCAAAGUGUACGCUUGGGGCGCUGGCGAACAAGGCCAGCUUGGUCGUCACAUAGUACAUCGAACUCGGUUUCAGGCUCUUACUCCUUGUCGAUUCGGCCUACCACAAAUCACCUACAUUGCCUGUGGUGCAUAUCACAGCUUUGCUAUUGACGCCAAGGGUCAAGUAUACUCUUGGGGGUUGAACAAUUUCGGACAGGCAGGAAUCGUGGUUGGAGCUGGGGAGGACGACGCUUUUAUUGAGAAGCCGACUGUUGUCGAGAAUCUUAGGCCUUAUAAGAUCAGAGAGAUCAGGGGUGGAAAUCAGCAUUCAAUUGCUUGUACCGAAGAUGGCAAGCUCUUAAUUUGGGGCCGUUGCGACUACGGUCAGACAGGUAUCAAGUUGGAAGACUUGCAACCAGAAGAUCUUAUCUUCGACAGCCGUGGCAAUCCACGAAUUCUACUGAAACCUACUAUUAUCCCAGAUAUCCAAGCAGUUUUCGUCGCCGCUGCUAUCGACAAUUCUAUUGCCAUUACUACGGAUGGCAAAGCAUAUUCUUGGGGCUACUCAGAAAGUUACCGGACCGGUCUUGGGACAGAGGAGCCUGUGAAGACUCCUACACUUCUACAGAAGGGCGAUGUGAAGGGCAAGAGGCUUACCUUUGCAGGGUGUGGGGGACAGUUUUCUGUACUUGCUGGACCGGCCGAGAAAUAA